GUAAAACGACCCUGAUCAAAGCGCUGACUGGCGACAGCGGUCUUCAACCCAGAAACCAGCUGUUCGCCACGCUGGAUGUCACCGUCCACGCCGGCCAGCUGCCCAGCCGCAUGACGGUCCUGUACGUGGACACCAUCGGCUUCCUGUCCCAGCUGCCGCACCAGCUCAUCGACUCGUUCUCCGCCACGCUGGAGGACAUCAAACACUCAGACCUGUUGGUCCACGUCAGAGACAUCAGCCACCCAGAGACGGCGAAUCAGAAGGUCAACGUGCUGAAUGUGCUGAAGAACCUGCAGAUCCCCGACAGGCUGAUGAACUCCAUGAUAGAAGUCCACAAUAAAAUCGACCUCGUUGACAA